GUACGUUCAGUUCAGUCUGUCAUUGAAUUCCACACGAGAUCCAUACGAAACGAGUUGAGAUCAUAGAAAAAAUAAAAACAUAUUCGGUUCAGUGGAAAAUCGGGAAAGUUGCUACGAAUUUGAAAUAUUCGCAAAGGGCAAAAAUAGAAAAAAAUAGAAAACAAAAAAUAUCGGCUAAAUAUAGAAUUGUAGAAUAGGAAAAAUAUCAUUUGACGUCAAAAAUUAAAAAAAACUAAAAUUUAAAAAAGAAAUUGUGCGUUACGUUCGGUAAACCUACAAAAGCGGUGUAACACGUUUUAGAUCCUUUCAAAUUUUUUGAAAUAAACUUUUACUUUUACGUAGAAGAAGGACAAAAUAUUGAUGUAAACUAGGACGGCAAUCAAACAUUUCCAAAAAAUAUAUAAAACUGAAAUGUCCGAAAUUUAGCACAUUUUUAUAAAAUAUCCUAAAUUUUCUAAAAAAUCAAAAAAAAAUUAAAUUUUAUUGCGUCAAAAAACUCAUCGAUUGCCACCGAAUCGAAAAGUAUCCCCUACAAUCCUCACCUGGAUGGGUAAAGUUAAGAGAGUUAGUUAUUCUUCAUCGCCACCUGCUGCUGCCCUGAAAUCACAAAUCGUCCCAUUACAUCUAUCGAAAAAUAAUCUAAAACUGAAAUUUGUCAAACUUGAACUGUAUUUUAUGUUUAACAAUUUGUGCAAGAGAAAAACUUUAAUUAAUAAACAAUUGACAUUAUCGAAUAAACAACAGCCAAAGCAACAGCGAUUGACAUUAAGUGACAAGAAGCCACAAAAAGUAUCUGCUGCCUGUUGAAAAAAAAAGAGGUGUGGUUCGAUUCGAAACAAGUGAUCAAAUUGCGUGUAGUUGGCGAGCAAAGCAUAAAUUACCAGAAGCAAUAAAAAAUUGCAAAAGUAAACCCCAAAAUUGUUUGUGAAAGUGUUACACGAGAAAUACGAAAUUUGGAUAAAAUUCGAAAUUUUGGAUAAUAUUUUUUUGUUUGAAGCACUCACCGAUACCCACGCACACACAAACAAAGAUCUCAGCAGUUUAUCAUCCACCAAAGCUCUAGAGUAAAGCCAGAAAACAGAACAAAAUGGUGGGAGUAAAUGUUGACUCCAGCUCCGAUGAGCUGUCAUCAACAAAUAAUGUCAUGAUCAAAUACAUGCUGAAGCAGCGUGAAAAUCAUGCCAAGGCACAAAAACACGACUACUCGCAUGUGUUCCGGCGAAAGACACGUUUCGAGAUGUUCCGACUGUCGGCCAUAGCUAUGGGUAUUGAAUUUGCCUAUGCCGCUGAGACAUCGUUCGUUUCACCGAUUCUCUUGCAGAUUGGCAUCGAUCACAAACACAUGACCAUGGCCUGGGGUCUGUCGCCGUUGAUUGGAUUCUUUGUGUCGCCGUUUUUGGGUUCGGUUAGUGAUCGCUGUCAUUUGAGUUUUGGACGUCGUAGACCCAUAAUUACCCUGCUGUCGGUGGGUAUUCUAAUAGGUUUGAUAUUGGUACCAUAUGGCAAAGAUUUGGGUCUGCUGCUGGGCGAUGAAGGUUAUACAAAUGGAAAUGUGACGUUGCCACUGAAUUCGAAUUAUACCAUUCACGAGGGCAGUGUGGCAGCACAAAUGUCAAUGGAUUCGGAGGAUGGGGGCUUUUCGGCAUCGAAAUUUAAAUUUGCUGCAAUUUUGACGAUUCUGGGUAUGGUACUGCUGGACUUUGAUGCCGAUACAUGUCAGACACCGGCCAGAACCUAUUUGCUGGACAUGUGCAUACCAGAGGAUCAGCCAAAGGCCUUGACUAUGUUCACACUCUUUGCUGGGGUAGGUGGUACCAUUGGUUAUGCCAUUGGCGGUGUUGAUUGGGAAAGUACAAAUAUUGGUUCCUUCCUUGGUGGCAACAUACCAACCGUUUUUGCCUUGGUCACCAUUAUCUUCUUCUUUUGUUAUCUAUUAACUGUGACCACAUUCCGGGAGGUGCCGUUGAAAUUAAUCGAACAGGAUGAUAUGUUGAGACCUCUGUCGGCCAAGGCCAUUAAAAAGGAAUUGCAAAAGAAUAACACCAAUGUUUUCUAUAUUCAGGAGAACUCCACCAUGGAUGCCCAAACCGCUGCAGCAGCUGCCGCGGAAAAAUACACCGUUAUCGAUCGUUAUCAAGGUGUCAGCGAGACAUCUAAUGGUAGUGUCAUUGCCAACGUUUCCAAUGGCCAUGCCAGCAAUGGCCAGCCGCAACAACCCCCGAAACUCGCUUCCAAGGCCAUUGAUAUCAACGAAAUCGAUGAUGAUGACAAACCGGUGUCACUGAAAAAAUAUUUGAAAAGCAUUUUCGUUAUGCCCAAGUCAAUGAGAAUUUUAGCCCUUACCAAUUUGCUCUGUUGGAUGUGUCAUCUCACCUAUUGUCUGUACUUUACGGACUUUGUGGGAGAGGCUGUGUUUCAUGGCGAUCCUAUGGCCGCCCCAGAUUCUGAGGAGGCAGCUUUAUAUGAAGCAGGUGUUCGUUUUGGUUGCUGGGGUAUGUCCAUUUAUGCCUUAUCCUGUUCCGUUUAUUCCAUGACUGUGGAAAAACUCAUGAAAUGGUUUGGCACCAAAUCAGUAUACAUCAGUGGCAUAUUGUUCUACGGAGUGGGCAUGUUGAUAUUGGGCCUGUGGCCCACCAAAUGGGGUGUUUUGUUCUUUAGUACCUCCGCGGGCAUAUUAUAUGGUACCAUAUUUACCAUGCCCUACAUAUUGGUGGCAAAAUAUCAUGCCAAGAAUUGUUUCCGUGUACGUGACGGUGAAACCGUGCCACUGAAACAGGCCCGAGGCCUUGGCACUGACGUCGCCAUCAUCAGCAGCAUGGUAUUUGUGGGUCAAUUGAUUGUAUCGGUUAUGGUGGGUCCCAUUGUGGCCUGGAUGCAAACAACGUGUGCCAUCCUAUAUCUCUCCACGAUUUUGGCUUUCUUUGCUGCAAUCUCUGCCAUGUUUGUGCUCUAUGUUUAAAUGUUUCUCCCGUUUUCGUUAUCCUGUUUUUGUCUUUUAAAAGAACUGCAUAAAAAUUGUUUAUAAUAAUCAUCAUCAAUAAUCUCAUUGUUUAGAAUAUAAAUUUCUAGAUAUUUUAUAGAUAUCUACAUACACAUACAUACAUACAUUAUAGAAUAAUUCCUUUAAUGUAAAUAUAAUUACUUUAUAAAAAAAUACAAUUGUUAUAAAUCUCGAUAUUAUAUUUUAUU